GACCGCCGCUCUCCCACGGGGCUGGCAGCGGUCAAUGUUUAACCGGAGCGGUGGUACCGGUUGUGCGGGGCAGCCGGGGCCGGCUGGCGGUGCCUCCGCUGGGACCGGCCGGGCGCUGCGGGCACCCCGAGCACGGAGUGCUGGGGGGCGCAUGGAACCAGAGGGGGAGCGGGGCGGUGACCCCCAGCCUGACCCCCGGCCCAGAACGCUCCCACGGGGCCGGGAGAGACCGAGCCUUGGAGAGGAGCGGGAGGGCCCCGUGGAGAGCAGAGAGACACGCCUGAGAGUGGUGCUAAGGGUCCGGCCACUGACCUCCACGGAGGCGCGGCGGGGUGACCGGCAAGUUGUGCACAGCCUCGGUGACUGCGCCGUGCACGUAAGCGCGGCCAGGCACGAUGCCACCUUCGGCUUCAGCGCCGUGUUCGACGCCGGUGCCUCGCAGGAGGCCGUGUUCGAAGGCAGCGGGAUGAGGCAGCUGGUGGAGCUGGCCAKGGACGGCUUCUCCUGCACCGUGUUUGCCUUCGGGCAGACGGGUUCAGGGAAGACCUACACCCUCAUGGGACCCCUCGCCCAGAGCGAGACCCGGCCGGCGUCSCCGGCUCUGCUGGGGCUGAUGCAGAGAUCCUUCACCUGCCUGCUGGAGCAGAGCCGGAGCCGUGGCUCUGACCUGGCUCUCAGCGCUUCCUACCUGGAGAUCUACAACGAACAGAUCCGGGAUCUGCUGAGCCCGGGGCCGCCGUGUGCCCUGCCCCUGCGCUGGAGCAAAACCCGCGGCUUCUACGUGGAGAACCAGCUCAGCGUGGAAUUCGAGAGCCUGGAGGCCAUCGUCAGCCUCCUCCUGCAAGGUGCUGAGACACAGGCACAGGGAUGGGCGUGUUCAGGGGGUGCUAGACCCGGUUCCCAGAGGCGCCGGACCUCAGCACAUGCCCUCAACAGGCACUCGAGCCGCAGCCAUGCCCUGCUGACCAUCCACAUCCGCAGCCGAGCCGCCAGUGCCUGCCCGAGCAGGCAGGGCACACUGUGCUUCGUGGACCUGGCCGGCAGCGAGCGGGUGAAGGAGACCGGCUCGAGCGGGGAGCUCUCCGUGGAGGCCAACAGCAUCAACCGCAGCCUCCUGGCACUGGGACACUGCAUCUCGCUGCUGGCCAAACCCCGAGGCAAGAGAACACACAUCCCGUUCCGGGACAGCAAACUCACCAGGCUGCUGGCCCGCUCCCUGGGUGGCUCAGGCGUCACCCUGAUGGUUGCCUGCAUCUCCCCGUCCUCACACUGCCUCUCAGAGACGCURAGCACACUGCAUUACGCCAGCCGUGCCCGGAGGGUCACCACCAGACCGCUGGCCAACAGGGUGUCCCGGGAGAAGUUGCUGCAAACCUUGGAGCAAGAAAUCCAUGCUCUGCAGCUGGAAAACCUGUCCCUGCGGCAGCAGCUGUGCCUGCCCAGGGUGCCAGUGAGGAGCACGGAGGUGCCAGGGAACCCUCCAAAAGCGUGGUUGGGCGCGGGAGGCAGGUACGGCCCCGCAGGGCAGCUCCCACCAGAGGGAACCCCAGCCUGGCCCAGCCUCUACGGCCUCUUGAGGGACUUCGUGGUGGAGAACGAGCAGAUGAGRCAGCCCCGUGUGUCCCCAGACCCCGCUGGUGACACCCACAGAGCCACCCGCAGCUCCUGUGACAGCCAGCCCCUGCUCCGGAGUGCCCGCAACCACCACGGACACCACGGCCACUCGGCCAGGCACCAGCGGCCGGACACGACACCCAGCUCUGUGCCCCGGCUGCCGAAGCUCCCUCCUGCCUCCAGCCGCCCCCGCUGCCCAGGGUGCCCGCGGUGCUGCCCAGCUGAUGCCAGCACGUCCCAGGUGCUGCCGGUCCCCCCCGAGGGCAGUGCUGCUGUUCUGCCACCCGGACAGGAGGACACGGCUCUGCCUGGCUCCCACCAGGCACACCAGAGGAAGYGGAGUCGCGGCAGGAGCAGGAGCCUGUCCCAGCAGCAGCCGCUGCACCGGGAGCUGCCGGGCCCGGAGCGCGCUCCCAGCCCCGAGGGAAGGGUCAUCCCUUCGGCACCGCCCUGGCCGGGAUUGCCGGAGCCCAGAGCUGCUGGCACCGUCCCUCUCCUCCCGUGGGAAGAGGCGCUGGACUGGCUGGCGGAGCAGAUCUGAGUGACCACAGCCACGCCAUGGAYGGUGCCAGCAUUGGGGGUCUGGCACAGACCAUGGGGACAGCCACAGCCAGCGGGGACACGGCAGCUCGGACCGCAAGGACCGCGCGGCACGUGGGACGGACAGUCGGACGGAUGGACACACACACAUGGAGCUCUCCGGCCUGCUCGCCUCUCACAGUUUAUUUCUGUCUGGCCGGGGCUGUGCUGCCACCCCGGCGGCUCCRGGGUCCAUCAGGUGCUCUCCUCCCCGGGCUGGGGGCAGUCCAGCCAGUACUGGGCGAUGGAGCGGGGGUAGCGCGGCCGCACCAGGUCCACGCGCUUGGUGCGCAGGUUGACGCGG